GCGGCUUGGUCCCAGCCGGCGGGCGAAAGCGGCUCCUCCCCGGACGCCCCGCCUCUCACUCCCGUUACACUCCCGGGAAGGUGUUCCAGAGGCCGCUCCCAUCCUCACCCCGCCUCCCGCUUCUCCAGCGCUAACCUCUGUCGGCGGAGCCCACUAUGCCAGACACUUUCGACACUUUGCAAAGACAAAGAGCCCUAGACCGGAGGGAGGAGAGAGGAGGAGGCAGAGAAGGACCGUGAGGUGUGAGCUGGCCGGGGCUUCACUUUGCCGAGCUAGUGAUGCUAUCAAGGUUGCAACUGGCACCUGUUGGGUCUGUACUGAGCAAGACUCAGCGCUGUGGGGCCGGGCAGUUGUAUCUGUGAGCCAGGGGCAGACAGUGGCUCAGCUUCCUGAGAUGGAGAAACUGAGGCUCAGAGAGGUUAUGGAACUCCACUGAUGUGGCACUUCUGAUGUUCAGGGACCCCUGUGCCUUCCAGGAGACGUCCUUUAAGUCCCUAUUCCUGGUGUCAACCUAGGAGACACAGCUCCUCAGCCCCACUUUCUGGAGGAGGGUGGCCAAGCCUCUUCACAUCCUGCGCCAAGACCCUUUUUCAGAUCAUCCGGGGGUUCGUCCAGGCUGAGGAUCAACUAACUAAGCUUGAUCCCUUUUGAUUUGGGGAGAACAUUGCUCUUCCUAGGCUUCACUCAAGUAUCAUCAAGUCACAUUCUUGACUUUGCUUGGGAUGCAGAAGAGGUAGACCACACUGUUUACCAAUACAGCCAAGAUUGUGUUGCACAGACUGCCCUCGUAUGCCACACGGGGAUGUCGAGAACACAAACCUAGGUUUGUCUCCAACAGGCUGAAGUUUGCCCUAGCUGCAUCUGAGACCUCCCUGCAGACUCCUUUUCCUGCCGCCUGCUCCUGUGUUUCUACUCAGCUCUAGGAGGGGUCUCUCUCCACUCUUCCACCCUCCCAUCAACACAAAGGUCCCAGCAAAGGGUGGAGAUGGUGAACAUGAGGAAGAGGACCCUCAAGUACCUCACCUUCUUUCUGCUCUUCAUCUUCCUCACUUCCUGUGUCCUGAACUACUCCAACACGGUUGUGCCCAGUGCCUGGUUCCCCAAGCAGAUGGUCCUGGAACUCUCAGAGAAUUUCCGCAAGUUCAUCAAGUCACAGCCGUGCACCUGCAGACACUGUAUCAGCCAGGGCAAGGUCUCAUACUGGUUUGACCAGCGCUUCAACAAGACUAUGCAGCCACUGCUGACAGCCCACAAUGCUCUGAUGGAGGAGGACACAUACCGGUGGUGGCUGAGGCUUCAGAGGGAGAGGAAACCCAACAACCUGAGCGACACCGUCAAGGAACUGUUUCGCCUGGUGCCGGGGAACGUGGACCCCAUGUUGAACAAGAGGUUGGUGGGUUGCCGACGCUGUGCCGUUGUAGGAAACUCUGGUAACCUGAAGGACUCCUCGUAUGGGCCUGAGAUCGACAGCCACGACUUUGUGCUGAGGAUGAACAAGGCCCCCACAGCAGGCUUUGAGGCAGAUGUUGGGAGCAGGACCACCCACCAUCUUGUGUAUCCUGAGAGCUUCCGGGAGCUGGGAGAGAAUGUCAACAUGAUCCUGGUCCCCUUCAAGACCAUCGACCUGCAGUGGGUGAUCAGUGCCACCACCACAGGCACCAUCACUCACACCUAUGUCCCCGUGCCCCCGAAGAUCAAAGUGAAACAAGAGAAGAUCCUGAUCUACCACCCAGCCUUCAUCAAGUAUGUCUUCGACAACUGGCUUCAGGGCCAUGGGAGGUAUCCAUCGACCGGUAUCCUCUCAGUCAUCCUCUCCAUUCAUAUCUGUGAUGAGGUGGACUUAUAUGGCUUUGGGGCAGACAGCAAAGGAAAUUGGCACCAUUACUGGGAAAACAACCCAUCAGCAGGUGCAUUCCGAAAGACGGGGGUUCAUGAUGGCGACUUUGAGUACAACGUCACAACUACCCUGGCAGCCAUCAACAAAAUCCGCAUCUUCAAGGGGAGAUGAUGCUGCGACCCAUUAAGGAUGGACACAACACAUCAGACCUCUCAGCUUGCAGCCCCAGCAUCUCCCUGGAGCCAGUGUGUUCCAGAAGCUUUCAGGGCUGAGCUUGGAGUGUUCCCAGGCUUUCUGGCAGCCUCUUGCACCCUUAUUUUGGUAUCAUCUACUUAGCAAAGUUGUCUGACUCUCCCAGGAUACAGAGCAAGUCUCAGGCCUGUCUAUGGUAGGAGCACUUCCCCAUUGCUGUCUCCUAGCGGGAGGAAAAGGGAGCAGAUAAGAGAGAAGGUCUAGCCUCCGAACAACCACAGUUAUUUUGUCUUCUGGGUUGGAUUGGAGGGUGAGGAUGGGGAAAAUAAAUCCUGCAGAUUCUCAUAUUCAAAAGAUUGAACUUUUCCAAGAAGUCAUUUUGGAGACUGCCACUGAUCUGUGGGCCUCAUGCUCAACUCAGACUCUGGCUGGGAAUGUUUGGGACAGUCAUCUGCAGAGCAGAGCCACACUGGGCUACACCAAGCAGAGGGGCAAGAUACCGUUCUCCUUUGCAUGAAACGUAGCCUGUCACUUGAUAUGACAUCCCCAUUGUCCCUUUCUUCAAAAAGGUCACCGAUGAUGGCUAGGCAAAGCUUCUGUCUCCAGAGGUCUUCCACGGAAACCUGGCUAUGUAUCACUGACAGGAAUGAAACCCUUGUCACCAUUCUGUGUGAGCCCCCUCUGUGGUGAUACUGAUGGCCAGAUCAGGUCUGACUAUUUCCACGUGCCUUUGAACUUGAGAAAGAAAUGCAUGCAUUGGCUAACAUGAAGCAAAAUCCCCAACUGAAGAAAGGGGAUCUCCACCAGCACCCCGCUUUGCUACAUAGCUCAAAAUCUCUUUUCAGAUGAUGUUCUGCACCACCCAGAGUAUGCCAGGCAUGGGAUGGGCGCUCUGUUCUAUUUCCUCAGACUGCUGGGUUCAGGACCACAAACAACCAGCAUCUUCCCCUGGGUCCUUAACACUGAGCCAAGUCCUUAGCAGUCACCUUCCUGGACAUGUUUGGGGUCGCACUGGGGACACUCUAGAACUAUAACUGAAAUGCAUGUACCUCUUCUCCUCAAUUCUGUCUGUUCUCCCCUCCUUCCUCUACAGAAAUCCUGAUUAUUUAUUGAUGUGUUAAUUCAGCCGACCCUGUGCACACUCUUCCCCACAGCUGAUCAUAGUGUGUUUUGUUGCUUUGCCCAGCAAGUGGGAGCAGGCACGGAAGGGAGAGCAUCCUGGAUGUAUAAGUGUUGAGACAUCUGGACUUGGGGCUUGCUGGUGGGCAGAUCCUGUGGCGCUGACAAUCUUUGUAGAAUCCAUGUCACCUCCUUUCUAGUCCAAGUGACUUGCUUUCUUCCUCAUUGCAGAAAGGAGGAGAACAGGCACUUGGAAGUUACUGUCACCUCCUUACAAAUGUUCCAUAAGAGAAACCUCUGUUUCUGUUGAGAACUAUUCCCUAAAGACCACAACAACAUCAUCAAGGCAGAUUGUGAGAGAGGUAUCUUGAGGGUUGGGAGAUCGCCCCCUGCUCAAGUUCCCCUCUCAACUUUGGGCCAUUCAUAGGCAUCACCAAAGAGCAGAUGCUAAGAUUGCCAUUUUCUAAGAGUCUGUCCUGUGAGUGGCUUUGGAAUUGCCUUUUGUUUAAUUUUCAGUGACUCAGAAUUCAGGUUCUUCAUGAGGGAACAAUAUGUUUCACUUUUAAAACCUUUCUGACCUAAAAUCCUCGGCUGAAAAGGCUGGACUCCUGUGAGGUCCUUGCUGUGCAGAGCCCUCCUCAAAGGUCCCAGUUUGAGGAACUCAGCAGAUUUUUGUGGAUCAGUGGGUCAAUCCCUACAUCAAAUCAAAAGUAGUGGACAUUGGCUUAGGGGUGAGAGUUCAGGCGUAGCUGGGUUCUACUGCAAGAGAGCAAGUGCCUGUAGCGUGAGUGUAGCCAUUUCUAGCUGAGUGCUGCUCAAGAAGCUCUUCUGGUCUCCAUGGGCCCCCUCCCACUCCCCUCCCCCUCCCACCUUCCUCCCUUCCUCCCUCUGUCUCUCCUCCAGCCAAGGAGCCAAUGGUUCUCUUUCCCAUAAGCCUCAUCCUUCCCCUGUCUUUCACUGGCUUAGCAGUGAGCUCUUAACUGAAUAAAAUACAGUCAGUUGUGGCCAGAAUUAAGUGCACCAAUUAGUUUAAGGUAACUGGAGCUUUCCGUGGGUGUAGGUGGCUGAGAACAGGAAGGGCCUUCCCCCAAAGAGACUGGGCUUCCUGCUGACAGAAAAGCUGCUCCUGGGCUCCAGGCAGAGAGGAAAGGGCUGGCUUCCAGUGCACAGGAGUCUACUAAGUCCAAGGGAAUUGGGGCAUGGGGGUCUCAUCAGCACCCCAGACUACUAGCCUGCAGUGAACCAGAAGGCUGAUGUUUCUUGCACUGGUGGCAGGCUUCCAUUCCCCUUGGCCUCCAUUAGAGGAGAGAGAAGCAGAUCUGUAGCCUUUGGUUCCUGGAAGGGACAAGCAAGCCAAAGAGGAAAGUCUUGAUGUUGAUGCCUUUAGGCUGGCUUUUGGGAAUCAGACAUCAUCCAAGAAGCUAUGUGGGCAGAGUUAGUGCAGCAAAACCCCCAAAACAGUGAUAGAAUGGGGAGACCAGCAACCAUCUAGGGCCUUGAUGGUCUAAAGGUCUGGAGACCAUAGGAUACAGAUGGUGCUGCAGUCUUCACCGUGGCCACAGGGGUCUGCUAGAGGACCAUCACACCUCCUGGGAAUGUGGCCUCCCUGUCAGAAGUGGAAAGGACCACAGUGGAUACUGAGAACCCAGAGGGUGGCUUCACCUGUGCCCCGUCAAAGUAGCUCCCAACAUGCAGGGUAGGGGAAGCCCUAGGUAACCCCGCCCAGAGGAUAGAGUGACAGCUGUGUGCCCCCAGGAGCUGACAGCUGGAGCCACAGGUUCCAUCCUAGCCAGGUGGCUAUGAGGUGAGAAAGAUUGGCUCUAGGCAGCUCAGCCACCAAGGCCUGGCUAGCUAAUUUUCAGAUAGCAUCAGCUGUCCCCUUUGUCACCCUCUCCUGUGUCCCAGGUGUUACCUAAUACCUCUAAAAAAGCACCGAAGGGUGAAGAGAGAAAGCAGAGACCAGCAGGGUAGUGCCCCAUGCCUUCAGCCUCAGAGUAUAGUAAAUGUGUCAUCAGUCAGGUGUAGCCUGGACCCCACUCUUACCUCCCCAACCUCUCUGCUCACUUAGCUUUUACAUUGGCUCCUCCUACCAAGGAUCUGCCCCAUGGGAACCGCUUUAACCCUUUCUCCAGAGCCUAAUCCAGAUUUUGCACACCCUACUAGGUGAACAUGGGUAACGCCUGCCCCUCCCCCACCCUUGCACAAUCACUUUAAGAUUUCCCCAGAGCCUGGCCUUGCUCAACCCACUCUAGUAGGUAGACAUGGGUCCCUCCUGCAUCUCCAGGCACCACGGCUUUAGCCCUGUCCCCAGUCUGUUUCAGAGCCAAAGUUUGCCAAGAGCUUCCCGCCCAAAAGCUUUCCCUUCCUUGCCUCCUGUGGCCCAGCGUUGCCCGUUUAAACUUUGCUUUCUCCUGCCCACAUCUUGAUAAUCCUCCUGAUUGGUCUGAAUGCCUUUCCGAUGAUGUCAGCGAGCCUGACUCCCUCAGCCUCGGCUCCGUUUUAUUUAUUGUUGAAUAUUUCCAAUGAUUCCAAUGAAAGUGAAUAAAAAGAGCUAUUUUAUUUUA